AUGGAUUUCUCGGAGGUUCCGCUCUGCACUAAUAGCCUUCCUGGCAGCUCCUUAUUCCGUGGUGACGCUGGUAUGGACGACACAACGGAUAUGUGGGCGUCGGCGUGGGAAUCCCCAUUUGUGCCCCAAGAGGCGAUUUGGAUGGACGACACAACGGCCAUGUCGGCGUCGGCGUGGGAACCCCCAUUUGUGUCCCAAGAGGCGAUUGGAAAUGAUGCCGAACCGUCAGAAUGCAGACUCUGUCUGGAGGAGGAAUUGCUCGACUCUGUCUAUUUUCCAACACUCAAUCCGGGUUUCCAAUCAGAUGUCUACGACAUUCGGCAGAGGACGUUUAUCCUCUCCCUGCAACAAUUGAAGAACCUCUGGAGCCAGGACAGCUUGCACUUCCGGCUUCAUACGCCUAUCGAAUCCAUUUCUAUGAUCCCACUAGUGGCCCUCAGGAUAACGCCCCACUACCUCCAAGUUAGCGAUGACAGUGCAAAGGUGCUGGUCGUGCGUACCCAAGCUUGCGGCCCCGAGAAGUUCCACUCCCCGCCCCACGUUUUCAAGUCGAUCGAGUGUUCCAUCACAGGAUGGAAGCUAAUGUACCACGAGCUCCGUCAGCUGCUGUGCAUGCCGCCUCAUCCGAACAUCAUCAGACCGCCAGCGGCACUCGUUUACUCGACUGACGGAGAGGUACCGAUGUGGGAUACUGCCGGACGGAUAUGUGAUUCUGAGGAGCGAAUUCCAAUCGUCGGGUUCCUAACACCGGUUAUAUCAGGCCAGCCACUAUCGGAAGUGUUUCCGGGGCGUCAGUCAUGCAUCUCCAUCAACCUGCUGGCGAAAUGGUGUCGACAAUUGACGAACGCACUCCUUCACAUCCUCCACCAUGGGAACGGACCGAAUCGUCCCGGGUUCUACUCCGAUUUGAAGCCCAACAACGUCUUGAUCACGAGCCCCUGGCUGGGCGAAGAUGUGGUUCUAAUGGAUUUCGAAUCCACCGGUAACUGGAAAUCUUACUCUCCGGGGGAGGUCCUGAACCCGACAAUCCCCUAUGAAACGGGGUUUGUACCCUGUUGCUGCGAGUGCCUAAAACUCGGUAUGGUCCCCGAACUCUACAGACAUCUCCUGGACGAAGACGACGAUAUAUACCAGCCCCGGACCAGAGUGACACACUUUUCCCCGAUGGUUUCCACUCCCCCUGUCGCCGCACUUGCACAUCUAAACAACUGUCCGGCUUACUGGCAGCUAUCGUUUACGAAUCCCGCGAACCGCAACAAUACGUCCAAACACCGGUACAGCAAUCCGCCGUAUGGAUACUGUCCCCCUUGGAUCAACAUGUCUCCGAAAGAUUGGGAAAAAAUGAUGGUUUAUUCCCUGGGCCUGAUUGGUAUCGGGCUCUGCAGAAGGAAGAAGUCCCUCCUCCGUAGCGAGAUAGAUCCUUGCUGCCCUCCAGGUGAAGUUCCGUGGGAGUUGUGGAGCACCCUCAUUGAGAUGGUCGAUCAUGAUCCCGUGAAAAGACCGAGCUUGAAGAUGGCUUCGCUAAUCUUCGGGGCGUGGGAGAGAGAAGUGGCCGGCGCCAGCCUCUAUGUUUAUGCAUAA